AUGCCCUGCCCUGCCCUGCCAUGCCAUGUCAUGCCAUGCCAUGCCAGGCCCCGGCACGGCAGGACACACGAGCAGACACUCGGCUGGCACACCGGUCCGGAUCAGAGCAAGGCCGUGGUGAGAAUAGCUCUCAGACGUUCGUCAGCCAGACAUCCCGAAUCAGGCAUGCUCGUUGAGGCAACAGAUAUUGAGAGACCGGCACACUGA